AUGCCAGGAGUACCUUUGGCAAAAACCUUAAAUGUUUUGGCCAAAUGUUCUGUUAUGAUUCAUAAUUGCUCCAUCUUGAUCCCAAAUAGUCAAGUGAGUUUCUGUUGGCCACUUGUAAAUGACGAAGCCCCACGUGCCCCUGUUGCCGCCAUUGCCCAAUCGCCUAAAACCUCUGCUACCGAGGCCUGUGCCUCAUCGCAACCAAUUAUGGAUGCAAUUAGGGCAUCGCCGGCGGAUUUUGACCCCAUGGUGAAGAUUGAAUUGGAGGCGGCGGAAGCUUUGGCUGGAUUAGCUCAUUUUCCUGCUACAGUUUCCGAAUCUCGCGGUAGUGAAUCAAUUGCUGAACGAGUCAAGGACGAGUCUAAUUCCUCCUUUGACACGAGUCAUUCAUACGAGAAAAAGUCAGGGAAUUCAGGGAUCUUGAAUCAGAAGUUGGUGAAGGAUGAACAGAGUAUUGACCUUAGACUUAAUCCUGGGUAUCCCACCAAUUGUUCAUCGAGUGGGAGGAAAUCUAGACAAAAUCUAACUGAGGCUGAAAUGGAAGCACGUAAAAUACGUAGGGUGUUAGCGAAUAGAGAGUCAGCAAGACAAACAAUACGUAGGAGACAGGCUAUUUUUGAGGAGCUAACAAGAAAGGCUGUUGAUUUAGCAUGGGAGAAUGAGAAUUUGAAAAAGGAGAAGGACACGGCUUCGAAACAGUAUGAUUCUUUGAAGACGAAGAACGAACGCUUAAAAGCACAGAUGAUCAAAGUUACAAAUCUUGAAACCGAUGAAACCCAUGAAAAAUCCACUACUUUAAACGAACAAGCGAUUUCCUCAUCAUCGACAAAUUCACCAUUUAUAAUAUACAACCAACCACCUUUCUUACCCGUCAUAUGGCCAUCCAUGAUCCACCCUACAAACUCCGGCCAACUACCCGCCGGAAUAGUUUUUCCGGUCAAUAAAACCGAUUCAAGUGAAGAAGGGAGUUCAACAACCGGAAGUCCGUUGUAUUUACUACCCUACCCCUGGCUGGUUACCCUACCCCAAAACACCACCCAACCCCAGCCCCAACCCCGCCACCAUUCUUUCAAUCUAAACGACAAACCGAAAGAGUGUUCCGAGUUCCGGGAAUUCUUCCCGGAAAAAGCAUCAGAAACACCUAACCACCACGGUUUCCCACCUGAUGGUGGCGGCCGACAGACACCGGAGCCACCACGUGUGAGUUGUGAAGCACUUAUUGAACAUGAUAGUGAGGAAAUUGAUGGUGAAAUUCACAAAGUUCCUCUGUGCUCAGGUAAAAGAUUAGGUGGUGACGUGGCGGCUGCCGCCGAAGCCAGGAAAAGGCGUAAACAACUCACGAGAUUAAAGGGCCACUUUCAUUGCCGUCAACUUAGGAUGCAUUAGUGGUACUGCUACUGGUACUUGAUAUCUGAUAUCUGAUAUCUGAUAUUGACGAUGGAUUUGUGAGGGAGUGUGAAAGUAAGUUGUUAUUUUUUGUGGCGUUUGGGUUGAGGCUAAUAUGUGAGAAUGAAGAUGUAUAUAAGGUGUUGAGGGAGGACUUAUGAUAUAGUGUUUUGAAGUGGCUGAUAAUGGUCACUCUCAAUUUAAUAAGCGGAUGCUAGCUUUCCAUAUGUUGUAGUUCAUUGAUGCGAAAUGAACGCCACUAGUGUCUAGUCAUAUUUCCCUUGAGGAAGACGAAUACGAUAGAAUUGGAUUUGUGUUUUUAUCUAUAGUCGAGUAUUUUUUUUUUUUUUUUUGGUAUUUAUGAUGUGGG